AUGUCGUUCGCCGAAGCCUCAGCUCCCGUGUUCACGGCCGUAGACCUCCUAGCGUUCGAUACGAGCCAGCUCGUCCGGUAUCUGGAGAGUAACAGGCGCGUUGAAGGUGGAUUCCACAUCUGGGCUGACGGUGUGGAAAGCCUCUCGAAGAGCCAACGAGAUGAGCUGGGGAGUAAACUGAGGGACGCCGCCGAAAUUGCGACCGCGUCACAACCCGUCGACACGGACGCACUUCUCGCGCGCUUGACAACCAUAGAAAGUGGACAGGACGGCUCUCUGGGACUUAGAUGUUUACGAUCGCCGCGUGAGCCGUCCGAGUCGACUGUACCGCCUGACCCCGAUGAAGAAUACCUACUGGAAGAGUUAAGCUAUCACGAGCUCAUUCAAGAUGGCGGCAGGCCCGUCUGCCCGAUCGAGGUUCUGUUGCAUAUCCUGGACGAACCUACAGCCAGCCACGAACCUGUUGUGCCAUGGCUCAGUGAUCCAGACUCUGCAAGUCGAAAUGGGGAGAUACAAACGGUGUUUUCGCGGCAGCUCAGUCGGUGGUGGGACUUUCGCAAAUGGCAGUGGAACAACCGGGGCACCACUGAUGGAGACGGAGGAUUCUCAGCGUUUCUCGCGGCAAAACGGAGAAUGUGGGAGCGGAUGCGGGUCGAGACAUCCGACAGUUCAUCUGAGCACAGUUGUCGGGCGCAGUGGCAGUGGAAGCCAGAACUCCGGCUACUCUCUGACGACCAAGGCUUUCCCGCCUACAAGGAAGCAGUUAAGAGACGGCUCGCACCCCACAACUUCAACCGGCCUUUGCAGUUGAUGAAGGACCCACACAAACAAACCGAAUGGACCACAUGGCUUGAAUACCUCAACUUCGAGCAAUGGUGGCUGGAACGACACGCUGCCGCCGCGGAAGCCAGGAAGCGGCAAGACCGCCAAGCCUGGAAGAGGCUGCUCGAAGCAGUGCGGUCGUUGCCAACGGGAGGAACGGAAUUGAAUGGCACAAAAGACAACCUUGACUCCGUAAACGCUGCCACCGCUGCGGCGGCUUCAUGGUCUUCGCAAACUCGACAGCGGCGCCAGAAUACGAAGACGGUUACCCUGGCCAAAGAGUUGGCCGCCACUCAGGCUGAUCUGGACACGGCCAUGAAAGCGAUUAAUGACUAUAUCCGAGACACGGAAUCUUAUCGGCACGCAGAAAUGGCUGUCUCCCGCCAAAAGAACUGCGUGCAGUGGAUUCUCAAGGAAGCGCGUGUGAUGGAGGCCGAGGUGUCCCGGCAACGCGGGACAGUGAAGAACAACUCAAAGUCGGACGCGGGGAAGAGCAAGAAGAGAAGACGUAGUAACGAUGAUGACAUCCCCUCCGAGUUAUGGUCUAAAAGGACGAGACGCGGAGGGGUGGGAAAAGAUGCAGUUCUAGACACAGUGCCGGGGCAACCUCGUUGA